AUGCUGAUACCCGAACACAUUCGCAUACACAGCGGAGAGAAGCCGUUCGAGUGCGCCAAUUGCGGCAAGCGGUUUUCGCACUCGGGCUCUUACUCCUCGCACAUGACGUCCAAAAAGUGCCUGGUCGUGAGCCAGAAAGCCGCCGCUGCUGCUGCUGGGACGACAGGGAACAAUCCUAGCACCAAUAACAACAACAUCAACAAUAACAGCGACAAACAACCCCCCAAUGUGGUGAAAUCUCGACAAUUAUCCCUAACCAGACUUUCUGAGUCAGAUAUGAAGAUCCAGCAUGGACAAGAUUGGAAGGAGAACGACAAAGUCGAAGUCAAACACGAAACCACAUCUUCACCUCUCCGCGUGCUCCGAACCCACUACACACGCAACCCGAAACCCAAGAAAGAAGAGCUGGAGCGGAUCGCGGACGAGAUCGGCUUCAACGUCAGGGUUGUCCAGGUCUGGUUCCAGAACACCCGGGCCAGGGAUCGACGAGAAGGACGCACCGUGCUGGGCGACCCCGCUGUGAUCUCCGGCAGGCUCUCUCUGGCUGGCAACUCUGGGCCGAAUCGGUUCUUGCAUUUCGGUUCUCCGGCGCCGAGUCUCAGCCACCAUCACCACAACCACCCCCACCAACAGCAUCAUCAUCAUCCAGUCACGAUGCCGCUGAUGUAUCCUUUGGGACAGCAAGGGGUUGUCAAUUUCGAUCAGCGGGACUCGCCUCCGUUGUCGAUGACGCACAAUGGGUUGCGUGGUGUCCAGGACGACGUGGACGACUCGGGUCAGGACGACGGCGGUUACGGCGACGCUGCUCCAUUGGAUCUGACAACGUCCAGCUGGAAGCGAGAGCGAGAUAUCGACCAGAUGUCGUCUCCUCCUACUGAUGGAGCUCCCGUUAAUCUCAGUCAGAAGAGCUCGAGGAGCCAGAGUCCGGUGAGAUCCAGGAGCGACACCCCGUCGAGCCCGAUGACGUCGUCGCUGACGUCCGCCGUAGAUGGCAACGAGCUGCGAAGCAGUUUGAUCACUGGCUCCCAGAGGUUUCCGCUGAACGGGAGCUACUUCUUCCCGAACGACCAGUUGUCUUCGCAGGGAGACGAUUUGUCCCCGGCAAAGCGUCCCUGGAAACACGAAACGACCGAUAAUGAAUCAGAUGAUGGCUCGACUUCUGCGAAACGAGUCAAGUCGGAUGACUCUCCGACAGAUGGAGCCUUGGUGUACAAAUGCGAUCAAUGCGACAAAGCCUUCGUCAAGCAAAGCAGUCUGGCUCGCCACAAAUAUGAGCACUCUGGCCAGCGUCCGCACAAAUGCGGGGUCUGCAGCAAGGCCUUCAAGCACAAGCACCACUUGACGGAGCACAGUCGGUUGCAUUCGGGCGAGAAGCCGUUCCAGUGCAGCAAGUGCCACAAGCGGUUCUCGCACUCGGGCUCCUAUUCCCAGCACAUGAACCACCGGUACUCGUACUGCAAGCCGUACCGUGACUCAGACCCAGAUCCAUCGGGUGCAUCUGGCAACGCUCCUACUGUUGCUGCUGCUGCUGCUGGGUCUCCGUGCACCAACACCCCUGGGGACGCCACGGCUGGUGCCGGCGGCGGCGCCAGUGCUGGCUGCCGCCUGUCGCCGGCAUUGUCCACCACCUCUUCGUCCGCGUCCAGCAAGCCGUUGCCCAUGCUGAUCCAGUUGGCGUCCACCAAGGAAGAGACUGACGCCGAUGACGCUGCUCUGAAUGAUGACGGAGUUGAAGACCUGUCCCGUGGUCAGUCCAGAAGCCCAAGUUCUGUCAGUUGCAGCCCUGUGCCAUCCAACAACGAGAACCCCAUCAAGCAGGAGACGGACUAA